AUGCUUGAUCAAAAUUCAAAUCAACUUGGAAAUACAACAACUAACAACAAGCAAUGUUGGGGAGUUGGACAUACAUAUACAAACAUUUGGGGCAUGGUUUUUGAUCGCGGUCUUAUCGGUACCCUCCAUGACUGGUGUGAAGCUUUUUCAACAUAUCCUAGAACCUAUGACCUACUUCAUGCUGAAGGACUCUUCACUGCAGAAAGUCACAGAUGUGAAAUGAAGUAUAUGAUGUUGGAAAUGGACCGAAUUUUACGGCCCGGCAGUCACGUCAUAAUCCGAGAGGCUAGUUACUUUGCUGACGCGGUUGCAACUCUUGCAAAGGGUAUGAGAUGGAUAUGUCACAAAGAAAACACUGAGUAUGAUGUUGAGAAAGAGAAGUUGGUGAUAUGCCAGAAAAAGCUGUGGCAGCCAUCCAACUCAGGAUCAAGGUGA